CCAAACGAGGGAAUUUUAUAACAGAUCAAUAGAUCCAGAACGAAAAGCCGCCAUUCCCAAGCUCUCUAUUUCCCCACUCCAUGGCAGGCAAUGACCAGAGGGGCUACGCUUGGGCUAUGGCCGCCGGUUUCAACGCCGCUAUGGCUGCCAUUUCCGCCAAACUCUUGUCUCCUUUGUUCCUUAAAUAUGGAUUAGUUGUACUCUUCAAUGCAACAAUGUGGGGAUGUUAUGUCAACAGUCUUAAAGCUUUAACUUCUCUUCAAGCCACAGUGACAAACUUCGCCACAAACUUCCUCUCCUCUGGCCUAGCAGGAUUUAUUCUUUUUGAGGAGCCCUUACCGUCAAAGUGGUUUGCAGGGGCUAUUUGCAUCAUUAUUGGUGUGUUCGUCCUCAGCAAAUCAAGUAUCGAAAGAAAGUCAAGUUCAGAUUAGUAUUAUUUGAUUACCAGUACUUUAUCCUAAUUUGGUGGAUAAUAUGUUUUUUGUUUAUCCUCAAUAUAGUAGUUUCUAGAAUUGUAUUCCAUCCUCUGUUUUCUCACUAUGAAUAGUAAGCAGACCGAAAAAAAAUCUUUCACCAGGAGAGGAGAAAUAGAUAUCACAUGGCAGUUCAAGAAAUAUAGUAGACAUGGAAAUUGAACUACCAACAUAAUUGAAGAAUAUUUUCUAAUUUGAGGUUUUGUUGAAUGUGCUAUAUGUUGGUGUACAGAACUAUGAAUGGAAUUCAGUGAUAUGGUACAUUUAUAAGUUUGUUGACAUAUAAGUUGAUUUAUUUA